UGCCGUCUCUCUCUGGCUCUGCUCGAAAGUUGAAACCAACCCCCCCAAACAUGAGACCAGGCGAGCGGCGGCGGCGGCGAAGCCAUCUCUUCUCUUCUCAACCACACACACACACACACAAACCAGGGAUCCACGGCCGGAGGCGGCGGAGAGGGAUUCCAGCAAGAGAUGGAGGGGGAUUCCGGCAAGAAGACGGAGAGCGAGUCCGGGAAGGGGACGGAGAUGGAGGGGGGACUCGGGAAGGAGACGGAGAGCGAGUCCGGGAAGGGGACGAAGAAGAGGGGACUCAUGGAGAAACUCGAGAUUUUCAGGAGGGCUCGGCAGAAUGUCACGAGGCUGAGCAAGAAAGCAGCGAAGGACCCGGCGACGCAGAGGAAACUCUUGGAUAUCCAGCAGCAAUUCUUGUCGGACGAGCGACAUAUCCUCAGGAUGAUGGGGAAGUCCCGGGAGGAGAUUAUUAAGUAUCCCGAUUCCGAUUCUGGCGAUGAGAUGGACAGAUAUUCGGGGUCCCUCAUAAGUAUGGAGCCCCAAUUGGGGGAAUCAGCAAGGGGACGGGGAGGGAUUCCAGCAAGGAGCCGGCGAGAGACGUCGGCGGCAUGGAGAUUGGUCACGACGACUCGGUUGUUGCUCUUUCUAGCCACCUUGAGAUGCUUAGGAGGGAGAUCUCGUUUCUGAUGAGAGAGAGGUCACGUCCAGGGGGUUGUUGCCUGCUGGAAAGAAGAAGGUUUCUCAAGAGCAGAUCUCCAGCUUGUCCGUCCAGUUCAAGGAGAUGCGCACGCAACAACUCAAGGAGGUGAAUUUGCCUUACCUAGGUUGCAAUACUGGGGAGGAGGUAAUGGAUUUUCUCUUGGUCGAGACGCAGCAGCUGCUCUUCUGCUUCACCUCUCUCGCAUCCACUCUAAAAACAUUCAGAGUCCCCAUCUCACCGGACAAGGUUGAAAAGCUGCGCCGCAUAUCCACUGCGCUUGUGGGCAUAUCGGAGCUUAUAAAGAGCCACAAAUCUGCUGCUCAAAAGGACGUUGAAGAUUGUUUGGACCGUGACGGCUGGGAGGCUACGUGGGGCAGCCGGACCGGAAGAAACGGUGGAUUUGAUGACAUAACAACAUUGAGUUCUAUGCACUUCACGGCCUCCACGCCCGAAAACUUCCGGUUCCCUUCCGUAGCUGGCCCUGCCUUGCAAGUAUACUCGAUCAAACUGGUUGAUCUCAAUCCUAAUCUGAGCUGGCCUCUUGAUGUCUACGGUGUGUGGUCGCCGCACGGGACGAUCUUGACCACAACCGCAACAUUCUCUUCUGCCGUUCAGGGGAAAACUGCCAAAGAAUUAAGCAAGAGGACCCCUUUUUGCACUUGACUGGCCCAUCUCGUGCUAUUGUGGCUGACGAGCCUGUUUUCUUUCAAAUUGAAUUAAAAUUGAAAUAUGGAGCACAGUUCAAAGAUACAGCAUUGUUCACUGCCUAUCAAAGGUACCGCCCCAUGAAGAAGUAUGACAUCAUGCUGAUCAAUAGCCGCUGUUGUACAGCAGAGAUAAGUCUUGAGCGAUUUGCUCCAUCAAUCCAGGCCACAAUUGUUGGUGUUCGUGUGGUUGAAGGGGAGUCUUUUAACUAUGGAUGCAAAGUUUCUUGCUUCUUUUUUCGUGUUGAAGCAAUGUUGGGAAGCGCCGUGGAAGUUGUUUUGCUUGACUGCAGUGGUGAAAGGGGAUGCAUGCUGGAUUAGAUGGGUAUCUUAGUUUGUCAAGAAAUGUGAUGUCAGUGGGAUUGCAGGGCACACUCCGAGUUGUCAUAGGAGCAUACUCAAAGUCCAAACCCAGUAUCUCUCGAAUAAAUCACGUUGACUUUCCUGUCCAGCAGUGUCAAACAACUAUGCUUAAGUGUCAUGUUGGCGGCUCCAAAGUGGAGAUAGUUGUCGCUUGGUCUCGUCUUGUCAUGGACAAUCAUAAUCUUGUACUCGACGGCUAUUGAAGGUGUGUGGAGUGGCAGUGACUUAGUCUUUUACCUCGAUUUGUGAGCUUAGCUUAGACUUGAUUAAUAGAGUGCCAUUUUUAUGUUGCUUAAUAUGCAUUUUUAAUGUGCGGGUACUAGCGGGUGAUCUAAUGGAGGAAAGGUAGUAUGUUAUUAUUUUGGUCCA